UUAAAGGAACAUUAGGUGUAGCAAAAAUAAGUUUGGGAUUUAAAGAAAGAGAGAUUUAUGAGAUUACAGAGUAAUUGAGUUUCCAUUAUGAGCGUGUAAAGCUGUUUCUUUCUACUUUCUAUUUCUCUAUCUUUGCUCCAUGUAAGCACAAGCGUACAAACAAAUUUAUUCUUCCCUUCUGUCUUCUUUAUUCUUUCUCUUUCUUUUCAAUAAAAAUUUUCUAUUAUUAAGCAUUGAUUCUUUUUCUUUCUCUUUUAAUUAAGCAUUGAUUAGGCUGCCCAUUUCCAAUCUUUUGCAAGAAAGGGACUGGGUCGUGUUCUCUUCUGUAAAGUUUCCUUCAAAGAUAUAUGUUGCUAAAGAAUUUGAUGGAAGACAAGCAACUAGAUUUUAACCGGCCACUUCUGUCUGUGAGGCGUUUCACAUCCCCAGUGGCCACUUCUGAAUCUGAAGGCAACAAGAAAACUGAUAAUUCACUCCCCAAGAUACCCCAUCCACCCAUAUAUAAAUCAGAACUAAAAUCAGGUCCAGUUAGGAACCCCGGAACAGUACCUUUUGUAUGGGAGAAAACCCCAGGACGACCAAAGGAAGAAAAUAAUUUACAAACUCUGGCUCUUGAACAGCCUCCCAUCGCCCCAAAGCUUCCACCUGGGAGGGCUUUGAAUGAUAAGCAGCAGUCUUCAAGAAAAGGAUCUGAUGGUAAAACUUUUGCUCUGUCCCAAACAGAAAUUGUCCUUUCCAGUUCUCAAAAUGUUUCAUCAUUGACUCCGAAUGAAACUAAAUAUGAGAGCACAAAUGGAGAAAUGGAGGAUACAGGGAGCUCUGGCUCGAAGGACAGUGAUGAGGCAUACUUAGAUGCACUUGAUACACUUUCAAGGACAGAGUCAUUCUUCUUGAACUGUAGUAUUAGUGGUGUGAGUGGGUUGGAUGGUCCAGAUAUCAAACCAUCUGGAAUCUUCUCAUCAGAUCCUCAAACUCAGGAUUUCAUGAUGGGCCGGUUUCUGCCAGCAGCAAAGGCAGUAGCAUCAGAAACACCUCCAUAUGCUACUAGGAAACAACCUCUGUCACGAGAGCCACCGAGACAGAUAAAGAAGGUAGUAAUUACGGAUAAGCACCAACCACUUUACGCAUCCAGUCCAAACAAGUUUUCAAAUCAUGCACAAGAUGACUGGUGGGAAGAAAGUGAAGAUGAAGAUGAUUGUAGCCAGUCGCAAAACUCUUCAGCAAAAGUUUGUGGCUUACUUCCUCAGUUUUUGCUUAAAAAUUCCUUCUGCCUUCUGAACCCAAUACCGGGGAUGAAAAUUCAGGCUCAAAAAUCAGUGAAACCAGCAAACUCUGUUCACAGACGACAGGCUAAAUCAUCAUAUUUGAGAUCUUGCAGUGAAACUGACAAUGAGCAUGCUGAGGUUGCUGAAGAGAAAGGAUUAGCGGAUAUAGUUCAAACAGAAGAGCUUAUUAAACAUAAGAAUAAUCAAAAGAGUGGAUCUAGCCAGAAGAGUUACAGAAGUGAUUGUCAGAAACCUGGUGGAGCUUCUCUUUUCAGGCAUUUGCAGGGUAAUGAUGUGUCAUCGUACCCUAGUCAAAUUUCGCAGUUGGUCUAUCAAGAAAAAGGGUUUCUUGGUAUUCUUGAAAAAGAUAAGAAUUACAGGGCUAGUAGCAUUGAUCAGCUUAAAAAGGGAAGCAAGAAUUUUCAAGAAUUGUUGGCAAUUGAGUCUAUUAGCCAGGAAUCAGGUUCAGGAAGCCCUGUAGUUGAGAAAACUCUAUAUGUAGAUUCUGUGCACAAGGUAAUAUCAUCCAAUUCAGAUUUUUCAGAUAGAAAAGCACUAACUCAAUGCAUGGAGGAUGAUUUGGAGAUCCAAGUUAAACCUAGGGAAAUGGAGGGGACUCCUUUAGUAGAUUCUUCAUUACAGAAUAUCAAGCACUUGAAUAGUGUGGUUGAUGAGAAGGCAGCAGUGCAGCAUAAAAGUGUGGAGUCUGUGGAUGCAUUUUCUCUGUUUUCUGUUGAAAAAUAUGCUCCUGACAUGAAAAUGGAUGCAACAGAUGGUUCCAGAAUGGAUCAAGAUUUGAUCCAGAAUUCUAGUAAAUUGACAUGCCUAAAUGUGGCUGCCAACUGGAAGGAUAGUAUGGAAAGCCAAGUGAACUUUAAAUUAGGUCAACAAGAAAUUUCUCAUGGCCUCGUACAAGACUCUAAUACAUUUACAAACUCAAAAGUAGCUGAGCGUAGAAAGAUCGAUUUGGAAAGCCCCCUGCAAAUAAAAUCAAGUAACCAAGGAAGUACUCAUGGCAGCUACUUAAAACUUCCUCUGGCCCCACCUUUACCAAAAGCUCCAUCAGAGUCUUGGUUAAAGCGCACCUUGCCCACUGUUUCCUCAAGGAAUUCAUCGUCAUUGUCGUGUCUUGGUAAAUGUAACUAUAUUGGAACUCAGGCCUGCACAGCUCAGUCCGGUGAUCCCAAGUGGGAAAUCAUUGUUAGAUCUUCUAAUAUACAUCAUGGCCAUUUGCGGUUUUCUGAGGAACAACUUCCUCCGAUACCAGAAGCUUAGAAGUAUAAAGAGCUUGAGUCAGUAAGCUUUGCCAUUUGCUAUGGUUGGGUUUAUGGAUGCAUAAAGAUAAUAUUAAACCCUCUUUCAAAAAUUUACCUACAGAUGCUCUCGGUAUAUCGUGGAAAGCAGUAAAAUGUGUAAAUCAAUAUUUCCAUAUGGCACUGAAAUAAGAAGCUAUCGUUGUAAUUUCUUGUAAAUUACAUCAAUUAGUUGAUGGAGUGCAGGUCCAAUAAUCCUGUAUUUUUUAUUCUUUUGUAAAGGGAUUCGGGAGCUGUAUCCUCUUAUAAUCUAUCUGCAAUAAAAAGGAGAAAAAUGCUGCUUUUACUAAUUAUAGAUUUGUCAU